AAAAAGAUCUCAUUUACUGGUCAAAAUAACACCACACAAUACGUACGAGUUUUUGCAUAUAAAUUCAGAGGGUGUUAUGCCUUCUUCGACAUUCAACCCAGCUAGUUUCGAUUAAAAGAAGGCGUGAAAAGCUAGCAGCAUGGCAGGAGUACUACAAAACAUUAGCAUUCCACGAGCGGGAUUUAUUAGGGUGGAACCUCGGGGACAAUUUAUCGGACAGCCUCAGAGUAACUGGUCUUUUGAAAUUCAGGAAGGUCAUAAGCUGAAAAGUAUAAAGAUUGAUCAUGGUGAUCGUAUAAUACACUCUCUCCAGUUCACCACAGAAUUUGGAGGUGCAUUGAGCAUUUCCGACAACUUUGGUAGCUUGGUUGCUGGACAAAAUGUUUCCUUGGUCACGCUUGAGGCGGAUGAGGAAAUAGUUGGAAUUAAAGUAAGCAUUGGUAUUAAAGGUCGUGAUACAUACCUUUCUUCAUUGUCUUUUGUAACGAACAAGACCACACAUGGACCAUUUGGUGGAACAACCGACCCUAUGUUCUCCUUACCUUGGGACAAAGGCUCAUUAGUCGGAUUUUACGGCAUUGCUAGCGAUUGGGUUCGUGGCAUUGGUGGCCUUGGUGUCUAUUUGAAAGCCCAUGGGGAAGUCUUGAGUAUCGGACCAUGGGGGAGUCCAUAUGAUCCACAAACUCGGUGGUCCUUCCUACUUGAGGGAAAUCAACGUUUGAGUACGAUAACCAUUUUUCGUACAGGGGAUGCCAUUAACCGUCUGGUGUUUAACACUUCUGAAAAGGUAGAUGGUCGGAGUGGAGUUAGCGUUGCUGAUCUUGUAGUGCUUGAUGCGGAUGAAGAAAUUAUUGGCCUUAGUGGCAUGGUUGAUACACUUCCCACCCGCCACAUAAUAAUUUCAUCAAUAACAUUCACAACCAACAAAAAGGUCCAUGGGCCAUUUGGUAAUGCCAAAGGGUCGCCUUUUUCGGUAUCAUGGGAUAUAGGCUCUUUUGCUGGAUUUUACGGCUUUCAGAGUCUUUAUUUUGAUGGUAUCGGUGUCUAUUUGAAGGCUACAAACUAGGAUGUGGAAAAAAAUUCUCCCGGAUAUAUUGUAAUUUGUUGUGUUGGAAUUUGAGUCAUGUGCUGGAUAUUGCUUAGUCAUUUGUUUAUCUACUGUUUAGUCGGGUCAGUAGGAAUAUCUCUACUAGGUCACUAGUCUCUAGUUGACUGCUGAAUAAGUUGAUUUACAUCCGUUGUUUGUAAUAGCUAAUCUAUGUGAUGAAUAAAGCAUACCUUCCAGCAUA